AUGUUUAAAAAUGGUCUUAGGGCAUUACAAAGCCCUAGAGGACAUAUGCUAAAUAUAACCAGAAGUGGCGGCUCGAGUUAUAGAUUCAUAUCUAAUUUCAGAGUAGAUUGUUCACAAACGUAUCUCUUGGGACGCCAGGUGAACAUUGCAAGGAGAAAUACUAACAGAAGAUUCUUUGGGACCAGCAUACGACGCAUGGAUAGUGAGAAGGUAGAGAAAAGUGCUGAUCAAAAUAAGAGUGAAUCAAUAAAAGGAAGUGAGAGUAAGACAUCCAAAUCAAAGGAGAAAAGUAGUGGAGCAGGUUUGGUCGAUGGCGAGCAGAUAGAGCCUGUAGAUUUGAAGGUUGUGCCGCCAGAAGUUCCCAAGGCAGGUAAUCCUAGUGCUGAAAUCAGUAACGAAGAGUCUGACGAAUAUCUUACUACGAUUUUCGAAAAGAUGGAACCGUACAUUGAUACUUACGAUGUUUACCGACAGCUUAUAAUAGCUGGAUUUUCACCUAAGCAGUCAGAUGAAGUUAUAAACUAUCUUAUUCUGCAAAUUAAUUCUAAAGUCUCCAAACUAUCCACUAAGUAUUCACAGAUGUACGAAUUAGAAAACGAAAGAUACUUGUUUGAAAGUGCGCAGCAGGAACUUCGUGUUGAUAUAACAAGAUCCAGAGAACAACACAUCAAUGAGCUGAUAAACCUCAUAAAUAUUUUGGAGAGAGAUUUCAACAUAAUUAGCGAUGAGUUGAACAACGAAUUUUUGCAAAUGAAGAAUGAUGCCCAAGUGACGGUGAAUGAUCAGAAGUCUGAAAACACCUUACAUUCUAAGAAGGUUUAUUUAAGAAUUCAGGAAACAAACCAUAAGAUUACCACAGAGUUGAACAGUGCCAUGAGAUCAGAGAUUGAAAGUUUACGUUGGCACAUAUCCAGAUGGGGGAUUAUGGCUAUAUUGGUAUCAGUGUUUGCCGGCUGUGCCUUAUACUAUGUUUAUAAGAUUAAGACACAAAGAAGAUUAAAUGAGAGAAACGACUUUGUUCCAUUGGUCAUCUACGAGCCUAGUGAAUUUGACGAAGACGAUUAUCACACUGAUUUAGAUAAAAACCUGAUAAAUUGA